AUGACUAACUGCACCACCGAUUGGAGCAAUGUCACGCUCGCUACCUUCAAUCAGACUCUACUCAAUGAUACCUCAUUGUGUACGAAAUGCACCUGUCCUCUCGUCCUGGACGGCGAGCAGCUGUCUUGGGUGCGAUACUACCCGAACCUGGCGGGCAAUGUCCUCUACGCAGCUCUCUUCGGCCUGUUCCUCGUGCUGCAGCUUUUCUUUGGCAUUCAGCGCAAGACGCGUGGAUACAUGAUCGGCAUGACCCUUGGAUUGAUUCUUGAAGUCUUGGGCUAUGUCGGACGCAUUCUCCUCCGCUACUCGAUGUUCGAAUUCUCGUGGUUUUUGAUGUACCUUGUUCCUCUCACCAUCGCACCGGCCUUUAUCUCCGCAGCCAUCUAUCUGACCCUCUCGCGGAUCAUCACAAUCUACGGUGCUGAGCAUGCCCGCUUCCGCCCCCAGGUCUACACCUACAUUUUCAUCACGUUCGACAUCAUCGCCCUGCUGCUGCAAGCCGUGGGUGGUGCUGUCGCCUCCAUCGCCGACGCCUACUCGUCCAUGCAGGAUCAGGGCGUGCACGUCAUGGUCGGUGGCCUUGCAUGGCAGGUGGUGUCUCUGUUCAUCUUCUCGUGCCUGGCUCUGGAUUUCUAUCUACGUGUGAACCGUGCUAGCCGCAAAGGAGUCCCGCUCAACCCGGCGUUUGACUCCCUCCGCGCCCAGCGGUCCUUCGAGCCCUGGUUUAUUGUCUCCCUGUCUCUGGCCGUCCUGUUCAUCUUUGUGCGGAGUGUGUUCCGGUGUGCUGAGCUACAGGGUGGAUUUGGCGGCGAGUUGGCCAAUGAGGAGAUUACGUUUAUGGUACUGGAGGGAGCCAUGAUGGUGCUGGCUUGUGGGUUGUUGACAUUCUUCCACCCGGGAUUGAUUUUGGGGGCUAGGGAGUGGGCGUUGGCCAAGUGGAGUCGCGGCGGUAAGGGGGCUUAG